AUGCCAGCUGCGGCGUCUGGUCAACAGCAGCUGCUAUCGCAGGCGAGCCCGCCCACAGAUGGCUCGGGGGAUGAUGAGGACAUCUACGGGGAAGAUGACGCACAGUCGCUCAUUGAGCCGGCCAUGAGCCCUGUGGUGACGCGCCUCACAUCACCCAAGACACCAGCCGCCGAGAAGAUGGCUGUUAUGGACAGAAUUGCCGAAGGAUACUUUGAGCGCGCGGAUGGAGACAGAGAAGACGAGUCCUCAGGCGAGGACACGCCCAUCCCGACAGGAUCUAGGAUCCCUCCUGCGACCUCGAUACCGCCUCCUCAACCUCAGUCGCUCGAGAAGCUGCCCACGCCGUGGAGGACUGGUCCUAAGGAGAUCGUCGUGACGUCUUCCGACACACCCAACUCCAGGCCAGCCCUGGGGAGCGCGCUGGCGGCUGCACGGCACCGGCGCUCAGCAUCUGGUGGCUCAGAUGCCUUUAGGCGUUUCUCCAAGGCCCUCCCUUCCUUAUCCCUGCCAUCGCUACCAAACAGACUCACGGUGCCGGCCUUUUUCUCGUCCCUGACCACAACCUCGCAGUCCGAGUCCAAGGAUCUGCGAUCCCUCGCCCUCAGGAGGUCAACCUCGGACGAGUCGAUCCUCUACCACUCACUCUCGCGCAUGUCGAGUUUUGGGGAUGACCAGCGGUUCACGCACAUCCGAGAGCAGGUCAACUCCAGGUUCAAGGCCAUCGUGGACUCCUUUGACCCACCUUCCUUCAAGCUGCCCAGCAUGCCGAAUACCCUCAACCUGCGCUCGCCCCUGAAGAAGGGGGAAUUCUCGGUGGAAGAGCUGAGCUUCGACCCGAGCAACAGGUCGGCCCCGGCGAGGGCGAUCAGAGGCCCCAAGGACCCCUUGGACUGCGCCCUGGAGUCUCUGACGGGGGAUCUGGUCAUCAUGGGCGGAUACAGGGGUUCUGUUCUUCGUUCAGCGGAACCGCCUCACAGACAGCUGUGGGUGCCGAUCAAGGUGGGACUGAAAGUCAGGAAGGUGAAUCUGGAAGUUGGUCUGGACCCGGAGGAUGAGGAGAGGAUGGAGGAGACCAUCAUCCCGUCUGGGAUGCUCAAGAACAUUGGCCCUGUCGACAUAUCGAAACGGCUCUUCAAGCGGCUGCGCGAGUGCGAGAACGUCAGGACCGGAAAGCUCAGGAUUCACGACUACGGCUAUGACUGGCGGCUGAGCCCACACCGCCUCUCCCAGAAGCUGGUCGAUUUCAUGCGCAGCCUGCCUUCCAACCGUGGAGACAAGCCCAGCGGCGCCUUCGUCAUCGCUCACUCCCUGGGCGGCAUCAUCACCCGCCACGCCGUGAACCGCGCACCCGAGCUGUUCUCAGGCGUCGUUUACGCUGGGUCACCGCAGCGGUGCAUCAAUAUCCUAGGGCCCCUGCGCAACGGAGACGCUGUGCUCCUGAACGAAAAGGUCCUCACGGCCCAUGUCAACUUCUCGCUGCGGACCACCUUUGUCUUUUUGCCCGAGGACGGGUUUUGUUUCGUGGACAGGACGACGGGCGAGGAGUACAACAUCGACUUCUACAACCCGGACGACUGGGUCAAGUAUAGGCUGUGCCCUAGCGUAGGCGGCCCUGCCCUGCCUCCCUUCUCCGCCAAGCGCACCAGCGCCCUAGGCUCCUUCCUCAGCCUGUCCGACUCCCUCUCCCUCUCUCGCGGCCGCAGCAGCAGCGACCCUCUGUUCCGAAGAACCAAUCCCUCGCCCCCACGCAAGCUAGUCAAGGACCGAACCCUCGCGCCCCAGAUUGACUCGUCAUCGUCCGAUAACCACGAGCACCAGCAGCCCAUCACCCGCACCGCAUCCCCACCAAAGCAACAGCACAGCACCAGCACCAGCACCAGCACCGACCAGGCCCGCAACCUGGCCUACCUAACACGCACCCUCGCCGAGACUAAACGCUUCCGCGCCGAGCUGCAGCACAACCCCGCCCACCAGUCCGCCAACGUCUACCCACCGAUCGCCGUCAUCUACGGCAAAGAGAUCCCCACCGUCUAUGCGACCCGAGUCCCCUGCCGUGAAGCCAUCCCCUGCGCCGAUGUAUACGACGACCUUGUCUUUGGCUCCGGUGACGGCGUCGUUCUCAGCCGGGCCGCUAUGCCGCCCGCUGGGUACCAGAUUGUGCGAGGAGGUCGGGUGAGCACGGACAAGGGGCAUAUCUCGCUCCUGGGAGAUUUGAAUGCCGUGGGAAGGGCGGUGGAGAGUGUGUUGAGGGGAAGGGCGAAGGGGAUUGGGAUGGGGCCGAUAGGAGGUCGUGAGGGUGGUGGGGAGACUUGA